CUGAUGCAGGAUGGCUGAGCGUGCAGGAGCCCGGGAGGUCUGAGCCGGGCGAGGCUCGCUCCCUGCGCAUCGCCUUGUCCGCCGGCCGCGUGGUUGCGGGCAGGUGGGCCGGGGUAGCUGGGUGAGGCCCAGGGCAGGCAGGUCCGCAGCCGGCGGGGCCGGAGGCCGAUAGGCUGUCCGCCUUCCCGGUCUCUGAGCGGCUGGGGUGGCCAGCCCGCGGAGUUCGCGAUGACCUGCUGAGAGGCGUCGUGGGAGGCUGCCGGAGGCGGCCUAGCUGUGGGCGGUGCGGCUAGCGGCCUCCUCCCUCUUGGUGCCCAGCCCCGGCCCCCCACCCAUCCCGCGCCCCCUCCCUGCCGCCGGCCGAGAUGGCGGAUCCAGCUGAAUGCAGCAUCAAAGUGAUGUGCCGGUUCCGGCCCCUCAACGAAGCCGAGAUCCUCCGCGGGGACAAAUUUAUCCCCAAAUUUAAAGGCGAUGAGACCGUGGUGAUCGGGCAAGGGAAGCCAUAUGUCUUUGACAGAGUGCUACCUCCCAACACAACCCAAGAGCAGGUUUACAAUGCGUGUGCAAAGCAAAUUGUCAAAGAUGUCCUUGAAGGUUAUAACGGGACAAUUUUUGCGUAUGGGCAGACAUCAUCAGGAAAAACCCACACCAUGGAGGGGAAGCUGCAUGACCCUCAACUCAUGGGGAUUAUUCCCAGGAUCGCCCAUGAUAUCUUUGACCACAUCUACUCCAUGGAUGAGAACCUGGAGUUUCACAUCAAGGUUUCCUAUUUUGAGAUCUACUUGGACAAAAUAAGGGACUUACUUGAUGUAUCCAAGACCAACCUGGCUGUUCAUGAAGAUAAAAACCGAGUCCCGUACGUAAAGGGGUGCACCGAGCGGUUCGUGUCGAGCCCAGAGGAGGUCAUGGAUGUGAUAGAUGAAGGCAAAGCAAACCGACACGUGGCCGUAACAAACAUGAAUGAACACAGCUCUAGAAGUCACAGUAUCUUCCUGAUUAAUAUUAAACAAGAGAAUGUAGAGACUGAAAAAAAACUCAGUGGGAAGCUUUAUUUGGUUGAUUUGGCUGGGAGCGAAAAGGUCAGCAAAACUGGUGCCGAGGGAGCUGUUCUCGAUGAAGCUAAAAAUAUCAAUAAGUCUUUGUCUGCUCUUGGAAAUGUGAUCUCUGCCUUAGCAGAAGGGACAAAAACACAUGUGCCAUACCGGGACAGCAAGAUGACUCGGAUUCUCCAAGAUUCUCUGGGUGGAAACUGCAGAACCACCAUUGUCAUUUGCUGUUCUCCUUCUGUCUUCAAUGAGGCUGAGACCAAGUCCACACUGAUGUUUGGACAGAGAGCUAAGACCAUUAAGAAUACAGUCUCUGUGAACCUGGAACUGACGGCAGAAGAAUGGAAAAAGAAAUAUGAAAAAGAGAAAGAGAAGAACAAGACUUUGAAGAACGUUAUCCAGCAUCUGGAGAUGGAGCUAAACAGGUGGAGGAAUGGAGAAGCCGUGCCUGAGGAUGAACAGAUCAGUGCCAAGGACCAGAAGAACCUGGAGCCCUGCGAUAACACCCCCAUCAUAGACAACAUCACGCCUGUUGUUGCCGGCAUCUCCGCAGAGGAGAAGGAGAAGUACGAUGAGGAGAUCUCCAGUCUCUACAGACAGCUGGAUGAUAAGGAUGAUGAAAUUAACCAGCAGAGCCAGUUGGCUGAAAAGCUAAAGCAACAGAUGUUGGAUCAGGAUGAGCUUUUAGCUUCUACGAGAAGAGACUACGAGAAGAUACAAGAGGAACUGACACGUCUCCAGAUUGAAAACGAAGCAGCCAAAGAUGAGGUUAAAGAAGUUCUUCAGGCCCUGGAGGAGUUGGCUGUCAAUUAUGACCAGAAGUCACAGGAAGUGGAGGAUAAGACCAGAGCCAAUGAGCAGCUGACAGAUGAGCUGGCCCAGAAAACGACUACCCUGACAACCACACAAAGAGAGCUGAGCCAGCUACAAGAGCUUAGCAACCAUCAGAAAAAGAGGGCUACUGAGAUCUUGAACUUGCUGUUGAAGGACCUGGGGGAGAUAGGUGGAAUUAUUGGUACCAACGACGUGAAGACGCUGGCAGAUGUGAAUGGUGUCAUCGAGGAGGAGUUCACCAUGGCCCGCCUGUACAUCAGCAAGAUGAAGUCAGAGGUCAAGUCCUUGGUCAACCGCAGCAAGCAGCUGGAGAGCGCCCAGAUGGACUCCAGCAGGAAGAUGAGCGCCAGCGAGCGGGAGCUGGCCGCCUGCCAGCUGCUCAUCUCCCAGCAUGAAGCCAAGAUCAAGUCUCUCACAGACUACAUGCAGAACAUGGAACAGAAGAGGAGGCAGCUGGAAGAGUCCCAGGACUCACUCAGUGAAGAGCUGGCCAAGCUCCGGGCCCAAGAAAAAAUGCAUGAAGUCAGCUUCCAAGACAAGGAGAAGGAGCACCUGACGCGGCUGCAGGACGCUGAGGAGAUGAAGAAGGCUCUGGAGCAGCAGAUGGAGAGCCACCGGGAAGCUCACCAGAAGCAGCUGUCCAGACUUCGGGACGAAAUUGAGGAGAAGCAGAAAAUCAUUGAUGAGAUCCGGGAUUUGAAUCAGAAACUGCAACUGGAACAGGAGAAGCUCAGUUCUGAUUAUAACAAGCUGAAAAUAGAGGACCAAGAGAGAGAAAUGAAGCUGGAGAAGCUCCUAUUGCUCAAUGAUAAAAGGGAACAGGCCAGAGAGGACCUCAAAGGGCUGGAGGAGACAGUGUCUAGAGAACUGCAGACGCUUCACAACCUCCGUAAACUCUUCGUCCAGGACCUGACCACACGAGUUAAAAAAAGUGUAGAGUUGGACAGCGAUGAUGGAGGGGGCAGUGCGGCGCAGAAGCAGAAGAUUUCCUUCUUGGAGAACAACCUGGAGCAGCUCACUAAGGUUCACAAGCAGCUGGUGCGGGACAACGCGGACCUGCGCUGCGAGCUGCCCAAGCUGGAGAAGCGUCUGCGUGCCACCGCCGAGCGCGUCAAAGCGCUGGAGAGCGCCCUGAAGGAGGCCAAGGAGAACGCCAUGCGUGACCGCAAGCGCUACCAGCAGGAGGUGGACCGCAUCAAGGAGGCUGUGCGGGCCAAGAACAUGGCCCGGAGGGCCCACUCGGCCCAGAUCGCCAAGCCCAUCCGCCCUGGACACUACCCAGCAUCAUCUCCAACCGCUGUCCAUGCCAUCCGAGGGGGAGGAGGUGGUUCUUCGAGCUCCACUCACUACCAGAAAUAA